AUGGAACCCACAAACACAAACUGGCAAUACGGGGAGCAUGAAGGUCUCGUUUCCAUCGCAAACCAUUGCCUCUUUCUUGGAAUCUACGGCCCAAAUCGUUCUGCUGGCGACCCCAUUGUUAUCAUCAUCCCAGAUGUCGCCUCCAGCUCCAGGCAAUGGACCCCUGUUCGCAGACUCCUUCAGCGCAAAGUUCGAACUAUGCUCUAUGAUCGCUCUGGACUCGGUGACUCAGAAGAAAUGCCAAACCCCACUGCUCCAACCGCUGAGAACAUUUCUCUCGAGCUUGACGUCCUGCUGGGCACGGCUGAUAUCAAACCACCAUACGUCAUUGUUUGUCAUGCAUACGGCGGUAUUAUUGCGCGGGAAUUUCUUCAUUUGAAACAGUUCAAGGGCGAACUUCACCAUAUUGUGGGGCUGGUAUUUGUCGAGGGUGAUCAAGAAAACACCACUGCGUUAAGGCCCGAUGAGAAUGUGAAGCGAAUGAGUGAGGGCCAAGACUGGCUGCGACUCACCGGGCUCUAUCAAGACAUGGUCCUGGAUCCAGAAGAUAGGGAAGGCCUUUACUUGGAAGCAGAAACUGCAAAGUUCAAAGAAACAGCUGAGGCGGAGUGCGGUGAAGUUGCCAAUAGCUGUCGGGAACUGGGGCAGAAAAAGCAGCUAGAAGCAGAUCCUCCCCUUCUCGGAUCCGUUCCCGUCAGUGUAGUGAUGGGAGACACUACACAGGAUCAUGAACGGAUAUACGAAGCUGCCGUCAGAUCAGGGAAAGAAGGAAUCCCAUCCCCAGCUGCAUGGCAGAGAAAAAUGGCCGACUUCAAGGAAUUGGAUGAAACCCUCCAGCUAGCAAACUUGAACUUAUCAACGAAAGGCUCCAUAGCGAUCGCAGGAAAUAGUGGCCACAACGUUCAUCUUACCGAACCCGAUACCAUAGUGGGAGAAGUGCAGUGGAUUUUGGAUACAAUUAAUAACUAA